AUGUCAAGGGCCCAAUUAAGGCGAGUUGCAAAACUCUACGAAAGCUUGCAUCCUAUUACCAAAGAUGCUCUUGCUAGCAUCACAUCAAAUCCUACUUAUGCGCAAAGGAUAACGUUGGGCAAACUUCAACAAUUCAAUGAAACACCUACGAGAAAGACAUUGGAAAGGCUGGUGUAUUCUGUACAUUUUCAUAUGUUGAAUGAACUACCCCCAUAUUUACAAGGUCUUCGGGACUACCCGGAAGAGCUAGCUAAGUUUUGGCCAUAUGAGUUUCAGCAUUCGAUCUUAGAUAUAGAGAACGUAAAUGUGAACUCUCUCGCGAUGUUAUGGUCGCAAAAAAACCCCAACGUGCUUUCGCACCAAACCUACGACCGUCAUAGAUGGUUAGGCCCACCAAAAUCUAAAAAGUUUAAUGAAGAAAAGGUUGCUCAAUUAACGGGUGUUGAGAAACUGAAUUUCCAAAACUCAAAGGAACGCCUCGAUCUUUCAAAAGAACAAAGAGAUCAAAUACUGCAGCUUACCUUCAAACACUAUCUCUUCCUAAAAAUCAAUCCAAAACUCUGUGCAACCAAGAAACUCCCUGUUCCAAUUGUCGAGAUUGGAAUGAAACCUGAUGGCUACGAUAUAGCAGAUGUUAGAAUUGACAACUUAUUCAGAAAAAAGGUACAAUUUGUUACUGAGACUCUCUACCUUCAGAACCCGCCCAUAAGCGAGGAAUCAGAGUACACACUACAGUCAAUUAUUCACGAUCCUUUCACCAUUCGGCCUGUACGAAGACUAUAUAAGGCCAUUAGCAGUAAAGCAUUUCUCUUCAAAGAUGGAGAAUUUAAAAUAAGUGAUUUGGCUAGAGAUGGGUUUGUACUGGGAAAUCAACCAGAGGAUGAACUAAAAAUAUAA